AUGUCAGGAGAUAUUCCGGAUGUUGCUAGAACCAAUGUUUUGUUACAUAGUGAGCCUAUUGAUGACAAUGAUAAGAUAGUUCUGGGUCCAUCUAAAAAUAAAUUUAUUGAUAUAACAAUCAAAGAUUACUGUAAGAAUAUCAAAAAGAUGGGAUUUCAGGCUACAAAUAUUGGAAGAGCAAUUGAUGAGAUUAAAAAGAUGUUAAAUUGGCGUUUAUCAGACGAAGAGAUCGAACCAGACGAAGUAGAACCAUAUAACAACUUGGAAUAUAGAAAGAAUGUAAAAUGCACGAUUUGGUUAAGUUUUACAUCAAACAUGAUUUCGUCAGGACUUCGUGAGAUUUUUGUACAUUUAGCAAAAAAUAAGUUAGUUGAUGUCAUUGUAACAUCUGCUGGUGGCGUUGAGGAGGAUUUUAUUAAAGUUUUAGGAAGUACUUUCCUUGGAGAAUUCACCCUUAAAGGUAGCGAACUUAGAAGUAAAGGUUGGAACAGAAUUGGAAAUUUGUUAGUUCCUAAUCAAAAUUAUGUAGAUUUUGAGGAAUGGCUUCAACCUUUACUAGAUGAAAUGCUUGAAAUUCAAAAAAAUGAUUCUGUAAACUGGACACCCUCUAAAAUGAUUCAUUUUUUGGGAGAAAAAAUUAAUCAUGAAGAUUCUCUCUACUAUUGGUGUUAUAAAAACAAUAUUCCAGUUUUUUGCCCAGGUAUUACUGACGGAUCAUUAGGUGAUAAUUUGUUUUUCCACUCAUAUAGGAACCCAGGUCUUAAAAUUGAUGUUAUUGAAGACAUUAGAAGAAUUAAUGAUAUUGCUCUAAAUAUCAAAAAGAGUGGUAUCAUUAUUCUUGGUGGGGGAGCUCCCAAACAUCAUAUUUGCAAUGCAAAUUUAAUGAGAAAUGGAGCAGAUUUUGCUGUUUAUAUUUCAACUGCAACUGAAUUUGAUGGUUCAGAUUCUGGAGCUUCUCCUGAUGAAGCUGUUAGCUGGGGAAAAAUCAAAGCUGAAUGUACUCCUGUGAAGGUUUACGGAGAUGCAACUAUAAUUUUCCCGCUCAUUUUUUAUUCUACUUUUAUUGAUACUUAA